GCGGUUUCGGUCGGGGUUAUUUCAUUGCGUACACGAAAGUUGUGCCUCGACCUCUAAGCUGUUAUAUUUUUUGUUGGAAGCAUUUCGCGAGCAUUGUGCGAAUGUUAAAAGCAGAAAUUACUGUCGAGUGUCUCUGUGAUUAACAUUGAAUAAAAAAAUCGUAAUUGUUACUCGAUUUGGCGAUCAUGAAGGUUGCUAGUGUAUUUGGACAUUUGUUGGUCCUCUUCACGCUGACUGGGGGAGUGUUGUCUGUUUGUUGUCCUUCCUGCGGUACGCGGUCCAUCACCAGACUGAACGUGACCCAGCUGCAGCAGGUCGAGGACAACCGCGCGUUCAUCGAGGAGUUGGACGCGAACCCCGACCUGCUGUACAGCAGCGAGUACCAGCGGGAGGUGGUCACCCUGACCAGGAAGCAGGAGUACGAGAUCCUGCGCAACUUCCCAGAGGUCUUCCUGACAGAGCAGGCGUACAUGGAGUCCAAGCAAGGCCUGGGCACGAUCACCACGCCGAACACGACUGUCACCCGUAGGCGCCGGGCGGCCUCGGAGCCAGAGAGGGUCUGCCCGCCCUAUAGCGAUACGGAACCGGUCAUUCUAGUGCGGAAAGCCGGCGGACAGGUGGUCCAGUUAUCAAACACAGGAAGCAAGAACCAGUGGAUAUUUGCGGAGACCUGUGACCAGAGCACACCUCCUCCAUCGGGCCAGAAGUGUGGCUUGAUUGAGCGACACGUCCCGGCCCUUUUCAUCAACCUCAGUGGAAUCCUGGAUACCGGAGGCUCAAGCGAUGACUUCGACUUCGCCCAAGUGAUCAUCCAGUGCUGCGUCACAAUUAGAUCUUAGUCUUGGUUUCAGGCGUUUGAUCUUCAUUACAGGGCGUUGGUAUGGAACGCCUAAGCUGCCUUCACUGUAUGCCUUAUAAUAUUUUUGACACGCUCGUCAUUCUAUUCGACAAUGCCAUCACUCCAUUCGGCGAAUUCGUCAUUCCGUUCGGCAAAAUCGUCCGUUAUUUGCCGAACGGAACGAUGCAUUGGCCAAAUGGAAUGAUGACGAUAUCGUCAAUUUCAUGAACGAAAUCGAUCAUUAUAGAUCCAAUAUAUAACCAAUAUAUAACUGAUGGAAAUUCUCUUUUAACCUAAGAUUAUUUAUGCUUAUUUUGUCAAGUUAGAAUGUGUUUUGGCGGUGUUGACGACACUGUGUGUUGACUGUAUGUUGACGGUUAUUAGUACAGGGUGAGUCAAACAAGCGGUACCCAAACCCCCAAUAAAUAUAUUUCAUAUUUAAAAACAUAAUGUAGUACUAUAUAUAAUAAUGAAUAGAAAGCCAAUUUCAUUAGCUACUUUUAGAUGAAACUGAAAUUGCUCAAUCCAUUUAAAGAAAAUCUGAUUAAAACGCAAUAACCUGUUUCGUCCACAAAUCAAUUUACGGUGUGGUUUGACUGUUUAGAACGACAAAGAAAAUUACACAGAAUACGUGUUUCAACAACUGUCAACAACUGUAGAACACAAUAUCUUUAUUAUCAACCCUGGUUAAGCAAUCAAUAUGGUUUAUAAAAUCCACAAAUUGUAAAAGACGGGCCUUCAAAACUUUUUAAAAUAUUUAAUCAACUUUUUAACUGAGAUUUAUCAAUGGUGAUGUUUGAAGACAAUAAUAUAUUGUGACGACAAAUCUUGAAAUCGCAGUUUUGGACAAGACAGGUUUUAUGGUCAUUGUGUUGAAAUGGUGAUAUCCUGUGAACGGAUUAAGCAAUUUCAGUAUUUUUUCAUCUAAAAGUAGCUUAUGAAAUUGGCUUUUCAGUCAUUUUUAUUUUUGGUGCUCCAUUUUUUUUAAAUAUGAAAUAUGGUUUUUGGU